ACGAUGACAAAAAUACCGUUGAUUGCUGUUUUUUCGGUUUGGCUCUUUGUUGUUUAUGGCCAAAUACCCGUCAAUAACUUUGACCCUUAUCACGCCUAUUACAUUCCCUACACUUCAACGUUUACCAAUCAACCCAUUAAACACGUUAAUGAUGAAACGGCAGCUCAGCAGUCUGGCGAAACUGUUGAAUUCAAAAAUAAUCCGAACAUUAGGGAUCUUUUCUAUCAGGGUGCCAUUUUUUUAAGAAUAAAACAACUUGAAUCAACGACUGCUAGUUUAGCAAGGCAACUGAAAGACACAAAUGACAAUUUAUCAAAAUCGCAAAAAACAAUUUCGGAUUUGAAAGAGACACUUAAAACAACAAAUGACAACUUGGCGACUAAAGCCUCUCAAACUGAUCUAGAGAAAACCAACGACGAUGUUUCGAAAUUGGGUACAGCAUUGGAAAACACUAAGGCCGACAAAACUGCGCUGGAAACUAAGGCCGACAAAACUGCGUUGGAAACUAAGGCCGACAAAAUAGCCCUGGACGAUAAGGCCGACAAAACAGCCCUGGACGAUAAGGCCGACAAAACUGCGUUGGACGAUAAGGCCGACAAAACAGCCCUGGACGAUAAGGCCGACAAAUCAGCUUUAGACGAAAAGGCCGACAAAACAGAGUUGGCCGAAAAGGCCGACAAAACCGCAUUGGCUGAAAAGGCAGACAAAACUGAAUUGGCCGAAAAGGCCGACAAAACCGCAUUGGCCGAAAAGGCCGACAAAACUGAGUUGGCCGCAAUUACCACUCCCAGUUCUCUUGGUACAAUCCCAACCUCAUGUGGAGACCUCAAGACAAUUGGAUUCGUCAAAAGCGGAAUCUACUCCGUCAUGGUCAACAAACAAGUUAAAAACGUCUACUGCGAUUUUACUAAACCCAGCAAUGCUGCAGGAUUGGAAAAAUUGAUUGGUACAGUCGACGUGAAAUCAACUCCUACGUAUUUCUACGCCCAACUGACGUCUAGCUAUUCGACUGCCAACAGCGCUGUUCCAUUUGGUUCUGUCAUAGUCAAUGAGGGAAACGCUUUUACCUCUGGCAUUUUCAAAGCCCCCACGAAAGGGAAAUAUUACUUCGCUUUUUCGGGUGUUAAUAAUAGAAUUGCUUCUGCUACCGUACGAGUUGGAUUGGAGGUCCAACCACAAGGGACAACCAAUUGGGACCCUAAAGGAGAAGCUUUCAGUUCCGGUGGCGCUCAGACCACUCUGACUUUUACCCUUCAUGCUACUUUGGAACUUUCCAAAGACGACCAAGUUAGACUAUUAUUAAAACAAGGGACAAUUUUCGAAGACGGUAAUGGCCCCUUGACUCAUUAUGUGGGUUGGCUUAUAUCGGAGAAUGAAUUACCCGUUUGAAAUUAGCUCCCACCCCUGUCCCAAGUCGAUUUCUCAACAUUAAAAACAUUACUAGUGAUUUCUUUGUUUGCCCGUCAUCUAUAAUAAAUUGAAAAUGUGAAUCCAAAAAUGGGACUUUUUGAUUUCAAUUGAAAAUUGGCUUUCAUCUAUGUCCACCGGCACUGUCGAUCAACUUAAAAGAUUAAAUAAGAGUUUCGACACACUGGACUGUUUUUUUUGCCUAACCUUCAAUGCUAUGCAUGCAUCGAUGAAUAAAUAAUUUCAAUAUGAACAGUAAAUCGAUAAUUGAAAAAAAAAAACCCUAAUCGUAGCCGUAACAAUAAAAUUC